AUGGAGAAUACAACGGAUGAAAGCAUUUCCGAAGUAAUAUUUGUGGACUUUGGACCUAUUGCCAUUGAUACAGUGACUGAAAAAUGUAUUACGAUUCUAAAUAAAUCUGAUAGGUGUGUAACAUACCGCGUAUCGCUUCUGUAUAUUCUGAACAGCAUCGAUCAGGUUUUUAAGGUUUCAAUAACUUCGGCACCAGUAAAUCCUCAAGAAAAUGCUGAAGUGACAGUUAUCUAUAAGCCUAACGUCGUAGACCUAUCUUAUACGGAAUACUAUAUUAUUGAUGACACAGAUGGAAACACCUACAGAUUAACUGUCACUGGAAAGUGUCUUGGACCGAAAGUAUAUAUAAGCAAGAAAAAUCUUGUAUUUAAGAUCUGUAAAAAUGAGUCAGAGCAAAGAAAAGAAGUAAUAAAUAUAGUCAAUAAAGCAGGCCUUGACACAACCUAUCAAUGGCUUCUCCCCUAUGGCGGGCACGGAUUUUUUCAAAUUUCAACCGGUAGCUGCGGUCUUAUUCGAGCAUUUGAAAACAUUACCACGAGUGUUGUUUUUACUGGUACAGCUCUUGGAGUAUAUACGGCUGAAUUAGUUUUAUCAGUCUUAAAUCAGGAACCUAUAUUUGUAAACGUGAUAGCUACGGUAAGUUUACCCGGCAACGUCAAGUACAACGUGGACGAUCAUGUGUUCGAGAAACAUUUGAAACGCAAAAGUCGUUUUGGUCACUUGAUGGAGAAUAGCCUAAACCGUUUGAGUUACAUACCUUCAGCAUCCGUUUUCGAGAGAUACCUCGACUUCGGGAUGGGAAGUGUCACCGAUAUCAGCAUGAAUAUAUCACAGACUUUAUGUGUCACUAAUCAUGAACAAGUGGAAGGGUACAUACAGUGGAUUCCAGAUCCUGAUAACAUUUUCUUAAUAGACCCUAUUGCUGCGGUGGUACCAUCUAACGAAUCAAGAUUAUUUACAAUUCGGUUCAGACCAAAAAUUGAAAACGACGCUUAUGGAUACUUACUUUGCGGCGACUACCAACAUAAAAUCUACAACGAAGAAAAGCCAGACGAAGUAAAAUUCAAACACACCUGGUUCCGCAUACCUUGCAUUGGCAAUACUUGGUACCCAUGUACUGAAUGGCAAAGUGGGUGGGAUUGUCCCACUGAGGUGACUUUGCCACCAACAGUGCCGGCAAGAACCACCUUUACAAAUUUUAUGCUUUCAAACAAGCUCGAAAUACCUAUGUAUUUCAAGUUCCAAGCGCCGUUUAAAACGAAUUUCGUACUCAUGCCAAUGUGCGGUAUCGUACAAGGGCGUGGAUGGCAAAUAAUAUCGGUGGCACUGGAGCCAAAGUCUUUUGGAGAAUAUUUCGAAUCAUGGGACCUAAUGAUAAAUAGAGAUCAUAAGACUCGAGUCGUCCUAAGCGGUAAUGCUGAAGUGAGUCAAAUUGAAGUGAUGUCCCAAGGAUACAACCCAGCUGUCCAUGCUAUGUACGAGUUCCCGCCUACAGUCACCGGAUGUACCAACUAUUGCACUGCUUACAUCCAUAAUCUGACGCGAAUGCAAAUACACAUGAGGAUUCUAAACACCGUGGAUUGGCUCGGAGCAGACAAUAGUGGAACUAUUGUACUACCACCCAGAGAAAUAUUGCGAUACCACUGGUGGUUUUUUCCUCGGGAGGCAGGAAAAGUCUAUAGCACUACUAUAUGUUGCUCAUGCAUCUGUCUCAUAAAUGGCAGGCCAAUCGGUGAGCCAACAGAAGUAUUUAUUAAUAUAUCUGGAUUUUCGGAACUACCAGACUUAAGGGUCCUUCCGAAGACAAUGAAUCUUCACAAUGCGGUUGUGGGCGAAAGCGUUACUUUUACGGUCACGUUGUAUAAUUAUGGAACGUGUUUCUUCACGUCUAAGCUAUACCAUGAUAUUGAUGGCAUGGGCGAUGACUUUACCGGCGAUAAGUUUGAUAUAGACUCUGCAAUUAACUGCCUUAAGCCAUCAAACUACUGCGAAGUGAAAAUGACAUUGAUACCAUACGGCGCGGGUCCACGUCAAGUUGACAUUAAAUAUACGGUAUUGUACCGUUCUGCAUACGAUGAAGUGGAGGAAAUUCAACCAGUCGGGAAAUCCAUAUGCACUGUUUGGUUCAAUAAAGCUUUAAUGGAUGUUAGACCAAACAGCCCGCUAAAUGUAAAUCUUUACGCCCCUGAUCUUUGUGUUAGAUCAAGCCAAGUGGAAUUUGUACUUGUAUUGGGUUGCGUGUACGCUGUGGCCGUGCCAUGGAAUAUGCGUAGGAAGAAGAUCUGUGACUGCGCUAUGGUCGUAAUUCAGACUGGUAUAUCAACAUACGAGAAAAGGCAUACAUGUGUACAUAGAAGCUUCGUCGAAUUGUCUCCAAAUAGCGGGAUAGCUGCGAUUGUUUGGCUCUACAAUCCCACGGAGGUCCACACAACGUGGCGUUUAUUGCGUAGCGAUGUGACCGCCCCGGGCGCUGUGAUCCGGUGCCUCCAAUACUUUGCCGAAGUGUCGCCUUUGGACAAACUGGCUAUACCCUUUGCAUUCAUGCCAACAGAGAUGAUAGACUAUGAGGUAACAUUUCUAUGUUCAUUUGGUUUCGAUAUUGUCAGCAUAUUAGUUAAAGGACAAGGCGGGUUACCAAACUGCGUCGAGACGAGACUUGACAUUCCCAGUUACGUAGAAAAAAUAGCUAGAGCUGCUUGUAGAACCAAUGUGGUUUACUUAUCCAAAGAUCAUCUAACUUUGCCAAUAAUGCCUACUCACUCACUUUCGAGAGAAAUUAUAGCUAUUUGUAACGACACGAACCGUCUCAUAAGAUUCAUAUGGAUACCUGAAAGAAUUGCAAACAUUGUAAACAUAGUAAUGACACCAUGGUGGGGAAUCAUACAGCCUAAGAGUACAGAAUGGAUUACAAUGACUGUCUACACCCUACAAGAACCAGCGAUUUUCACAACCACAGUUUCCUGCGAAAUUCUGGACUUAACUGAGCGACGACGUUAUCUGCAAAAUGAGCAAUUAAAGAAAACUAAAACGCAGCAAUGCGAACAAGAAUUCAUUAUUACUGAACAAGGAUUAUUUCAUCGCGGAAUCAAUGACAGUCCACCAUAUGUGUUAGAAAUUGAAAAACCGCAAUCAUACUAUCUAGCUAUGUCUGUUUCAAUUUCAUCCAAAGGCCAGCGCGAUGGGUACACUAGGAUGCUCUUGAAACAAAUGUGGGAACAGACUCCGCCAUACGAUUUACUAUCAUCUGAGAUUAAUCCACACGAAGGAGGCAGAGAACUGACUUCAAGCGGGAAUAAUAUGACGCUAACUGAUAUAAUAAGAAUUAUAGACGGAGUUUUAUGGGAUGCACUACAUAGUAAGAUGUUUAGGCACCAGAUCGAAUAUUUCUCCAAGGAAGAGAUACCUACGUAUGAGGACUUAGUUAAGACAAUCGAAAAUUACUCAAAGCCAAGAUUCAGCAAACGAAUCACUUCCGGGAUAUGCGACGCCAUUGUCAACAAAGCAAUAUUCAAUGUCUACAAUUUGAACGUUAAACAAGGUGUAUCUAUUCUAGAAGCUGAAUAA